AUGAACGAAACUGUGAUUUGGAAAUCUGGGGCUUUAUUGGCAGCUACUGGUAUUGGCUUUGGAGCAUUUGGAGCACAUGGAUUACGUGCAAGAGCGGGUAUUCAGCCAAGGCAGAUUGAGAGUUGGAUGACAGGGUCACACUAUGCCGUCUUCAACGGUUUAGCGCUGAUGGCAACGAGUCUGCAUCCUCGUGCGUCAAAGUCUAAAUUUGCUGCACCUGCUAUACUUACUGGAUCAAUUUUGUUCUCUGGAUCAAUAUAUGCACUGGUGCUGAACAGAGAUAAAUUUAAGUUUUUAGGACCGGUAACACCUUUAGGUGGUCUGAGUAUGAUAUUGGGGUGA